CGGCCUGGAUAGGGGGCGGCGGCGGCGGCGGCGGCGGCGGCCUGCCCCGGCAUGGCGAUGUUCCGCAGCUUGGUGGCCUCCGCGCAGCAACGGCAGCCACCGGCUGGGCCCGCGGGCGGUGACAGCGGCCUGGAGGCUCAGUUCAGCUGUCCUAUCUGCCUGGAGGUGUACCAUCGGCCAGUGGCCAUCGGCAGCUGCGGCCACACGUUCUGCGGGGAGUGCCUCCAGCCAUGUCUGCAGGUGCCGUCCCCUCUGUGCCCGCUCUGCCGUCUGCCCUUCGACCCCAAGAAAGUGGACAAAGCCACCCAUGUAGAGAAGCAGCUCUCAUCUUACAAAGCACCCUGUCGGGGUUGCAACAAGAAGGUGACACUGGCAAAGAUGAGAGCCCACAUCUCCUCCUGCCUGAAGGUCCAGGAGCAGAUGGCUAACUGCCCCAAGUUCGUCCCUGUGGUGCCCACAUCCCAGCCCAUCCCCAGCAAUAUCCCCAACCGGUCUACCUUCGCUUGUCCCUACUGUGGAGCCCGCAAUCUGGAUCAGCAGGAGCUGGUGAAGCACUGCGUGGAAAGUCACCGUAGCGACCCCAACCGUGUGGUAUGCCCCAUCUGCUCAGCAAUGCCCUGGGGGGACCCCAGCUACAAAAGCGCCAACUUCCUGCAGCACCUGCUGCACCGGCACAAGUUCUCCUACGACACCUUUGUGGACUACAGCAUCGACGAAGAAGCUGCCUUCCAGGCCGCCCUGGCUCUGUCCCUCUCUGAGAACUGAGGCACAGCCUAGCCACCUGCCUUGUCUGGGGCAGAAGACACACUCCAGCCUCAAGGGAUAGGGCCGUUGCCCUUCUGCCCUGGCACCUGCACAGGAGCGCACCUCACCGGGCCAAGUGGAAUUUUCCACAAGGAGAGCUGGUCUCAGAACCCCCAGGGCUGGGAUCCUGGCUAGCUGGCCCCUUGUCAUCAAGCAGGGCCACUGGGUCCUGGCCAGCAGCAGUACUGGGUCCUCGGUGCUUCAAGGGGCAGGUGCUGGCUGCUGGGUUAGAGCCGUUGUCUGCCUUUCCCAGCCUUGAUGUCUGUGUGUGGAAAAGGAUAAGGUGCCCUAAGCUGCCAGCCCACCCGGUCCCUAGCUUCGCUUCCACCGUGAGCAUUUGGUACUGGCUUUUGUGAUAUUUAGGAACCCUGCGUUUUUCUAUCUUAUCCUGUGUGAUAAUCUUUUCACAUUUUCUAGAGCAAAGACAAAGCAGUUACUCUUCUAUCGCAAUACCUGUGUUUGACUAGGCAGAGCAGUAUUUUUAUGGAGCAUUUACAAAGUUAUAUUUUUUAAAAAAAAUCAAAAAUAAACACUUGUGGGAUCAGUUUAGAGGGAGGAGUAUGGGUGUAGCCAGGACUUCAUUAGUGUGACAGGUGGAAUCCCCAAGCCAUGUGCUUUCUGAGGAGGUGGCCCAAGUCUGCUGUGUGGUUUUUUGGUUGUUUUGUUUUUUUGAUGAUGACCCAGAAGAAAUCCUAGCAUCCCAGCCAAUUGUUGUGGCUGCUCUCAGCAGACAUAGGACAGCCCAGGUAGAAUGGAGCCGUUCUGUCCCCUGUCACCUGCCAGAGCCAACCACAGAUGGGGACUUCCCUCACCAGUGGUGGAGCCCUUGAGGACCAGAGAGACCUGCUUGGUGGCAGGUCAGGCCAGAAAACAUUUGUCAGAUCUUGUUCUGUUCAUGGCAUAAGUUGCUGUCUUUUCAAAAGAGUUUAAAUAAAGUGUUUCCCAGCACCC